UUUUUUCAAUUGUUGUGUCUUCUAAUUUCAUAAAGAUAUUUUAGCGUCAAUUUUUGCCACUUCAUAUAUCUCUCAAGUGCUUUUGUGACACCCGUCAUAGAGAGAUAAAGAUUCAUACGCAGAAUCAUGUGGCUAUUCAGCAAGAAAGGAGUUUCUGGAUUUUCAUGGAGUUCAACUGCUGAACAAGUUACUCAUGGAAUCGAUGCCACUGGUCUCACUGCUAUUGUCACUGGAGCAUCCAGCGGGAUUGGGGCUGAGACUACUCGUGUCCUUGCUUUGCGUGGUGCUCAUGUGAUUAUGGGUGUGAGAAAUAUGGCUGCUGCUAAGGAUGUCAAAGAAACAAUACUCAAGGACAUUCCUUCUGCUAAAGUUGAUGCCAUGGAGUUAGAUCUCAGUUCACUGGACUCUGUCAAGAAAUUUGCAUCCGAGUUUAAUUCCUCUGGUCGACCACUGAACAUCUUGAUAAAUAAUGCAGGAAUUAUGGCAUGCCCUUUCAAGCUGUCCAAAGACAACAUUGAACUGCAGUUUGCAACCAAUCACAUAGGUCAUUUUCUCUUGACAAAUCUUUUGUUGGAUACUAUGAAGAAAACAACCCGCAAAAGUAAGAAAGAAGGAAGAAUUGUUAAUGUCGCCUCAGAGGCUCAUAGAUUUACAUAUACUGAAGGAAUCCGUUUCGACAAAAUCAACGACGAGUCGAGUUACAACAACUGGCGUGCAUAUGGACAGUCCAAGCUUGCUAACAUUUUACAUGCCAACCAACUUACAAAGCAUUUAAAGGAAGAUGGGGUGGAUAUUACUGCAAAUUCUCUUCAUCCAGGAACAAUUACUACCAAUCUUUUCCGUUAUAACAAUGCAGUGAAUAGUAUAGUAAGUGUGAUUGGGAGAGUUAUAAUGAAAAAUGUCCAGCAGGGAGCAGCUACAACAUGCUAUGUUGCAUUGAACCCACAAGUGAAAGGAGUUAGUGGUGAGUAUUUUUCAGACAAUAAUGUGUACAAAACAACCCCACACGGGAAGGAUGCUGAUUUGGCAAAAAAACUAUGGGAUUUCAGCAUGAAUUUGGUGAAGCCGAAAUAGAAUAACCACCUAGUGUUACUAGUCAAUACCAUACACUGUUCGAAAUAGAAUAAUGUCACUAUGACAAAUGACAGAAUGUUAUACCUCUAUUUUUUCGUCAUCUUUUUCUCAUGCACGGAAUAUUUACUGUUUUCUUUGAUGUAAUUAUAACUCCUACAUUGCUUAGACAUAAAUUAUAAGCUUACAAGGAAUGUUUGGUCAUUUUUGUGGAAAA